GCGGCGGCGGAGCCGCCUUCCUGCCCGUCGGCGCGGUGGCCAUGGGCGAUGGGUGGCUGCCGCCGGACUGCGGCCCCCCAAACCGCUCCGUCCCACUCGGUGGCGGGGCGGGGGGGACGGCGGCACCCCCCGGGAGCAGGCAGCUGGCCGCCGAGGUGUUGUCGCAGCAGUGGGUGGUGGGGAUGAGCCUGCUGAUGGCCCUGGUGGUGCUGCUGAUCGUGGCUGGCAACGUGCUGGUGAUCGCGGCCAUCGGGCUUACGCAGCGGCUGCAGACCCUCACCAACCUGUUCAUCACCUCGCUGGCCUGCGCCGACCUGGUGAUGGGGCUGCUGGUGGUGCCUUUCGGGGCCACGCUGGUGGUGCGGGGCACCUGGCUCUGGGGAUCCUUCCUCUGCGAGUGCUGGACCUCCCUGGAUGUGCUCUGCGUGACAGCCAGCAUCGAGACCUUGUGCGUCAUCGCCAUCGACCGCUACCUGGCCAUCACCUCGCCUUUCCGCUACCAGAGCCUCAUGACCAGGGGUCGGGCCAAGGGGAUCAUCUGCACCGUCUGGGCCAUCUCUGCUCUGGUCUCCUUCUUGCCCAUCAUGAUGCACUGGUGGCGGGACGAGGACCCUCAGGCCCUGCAGUGCUACCAGGACCCCGGCUGCUGCGACUUUGUCACCAACAGGGCUUAUGCCAUCGCCUCGUCCAUCAUUUCUUUCUACAUCCCUCUCCUCAUCAUGAUCUUUGUGUACCUCCGGGUGUACAGGGAGGCCAAGGAGCAGAUCAGGAAGAUCGAUAGGUGUGAGGGCCGGUUCUAUGGCGGCCACGAGCAGCGGCAGCCGCCCCCGCCCCCUCACCCCCACCACCAGCCCAUCCUCGGCAACGGCCGAGCCAGCAAGCGGAAAACCUCCCGCAUCAUGGCCAUGAAGGAGCAGAAAGCCCUCAAGACUCUGGGCAUCAUCAUGGGGGUGUUCACGCUCUGCUGGCUCCCUUUCUUCCUGGUGAACAUUGUCAACGUCUUCAACAGGGACCUGGUGCCAGACUGGCUCUUCGUUUUCUUCAACUGGCUGGGCUACGCCAACUCUGCUUUCAACCCCAUCAUCUACUGCCGCAGCCCCGACUUUCGGAAGGCCUUCAAGAGGCUGCUGUGCUGCCCCCGGAAAGCCGACCGGCGGCUGCAUGCCAGCGGCGGGGAGCUGCCCCACCUGCCCGGCGGCUUCAUCAGCACCGUGGGCUCCCCCGAGCGCAGCCUGGCAGCGACCUGGUCCGACUGCAACGGAGGCACCCGGGGCGGCAGCGAGUCCAGCCUGGAGGAGAGAAAUAGCAAAACGUCCGAUUCGGAGUCCAAGGGAACAGUCAGGCUAAUGGAUUUUCAUUGCCUUCUGCUUCUGUUCAUCAAUCUAGGCCCCGUGGUGGAGGAGCUGCUCAUGCAGACACAGACUGCAGCCCUGCAUCCUGCAGAACAGCCUCGUGUCCCUGCCAGAGCUGGCAGCAGAGCCAGGCAGAGGCUACCACCUGCUGGACCUUUCUCAUGGACUCUCUGCUCUGAAUCUCUCCUCAAAGCCACUUACUGAUGGCACAGACUGCUUUCUGGGCAACUACAGAAGUGCUGUGUGCUGAGCCUCAUGGCACCAACACCUCUCACCCAUAACAGAGCUAUUGAGAUAUGAGUAAACCAUGUAAACUGUGAGGAUGCCCAAUGAACAGCCUUGUGAGCCUGACCUGUUUGCUGCUUGUUUGGGGUCUGACGUGUUUUCCAGAAUCGGGGUGUGCUCUCUUCCUUGCUGGCCUUGCAGAACAGGGGCACCUUUCUGAACUGGGCAAACUGCCAGAAUUUUGCUGAACUGGAGAAGCUUAUAUCUCCUACAGAAGAAAGAAAUUACUCUUCCGACAGUCCUUGUGGACCUCUCAGGGCUGAACACCCACUGCUGCCAACAUGCCCAGGGGGGCUCAGGGUGCUGCAACAUGUGCAUUUCUGGGGCAGGGACUUCGUUUUUGCGCUGUGCACACUGAAUGCUGUCAGUGUAAUUUCCUGAUCUAUGCUCUUUUUUUGAUUGACCUGUUCUUCUGAAUUGCCCUGAGCCUAGGCAGGUCAUGCUAGCUGGCACCUACAAAACAUCAAAACUCAGCUGCCCAGUUCACCAGGCUCUGGGAAGGUCACUGGAAGGACUCCAGUGGCCUCAAAUAGGAGUUGACUCAUGCUUCAUGAGAUCAAAACAAAAUGCCUCUGCAUAUGAAAAAAUAUUAUGGAAACUGUAUCAUUCAUGCACAAAAGCUGCACUUCAGACAUUUUCAUAUAAAAUACAUAAUGUUGUAAAUGGAAGGAAAAGUUGCAUGAGGCCUGUUGAGCAUGAUAAUUGUUGGCAUGAGAAAAUGUCCUUUCCCAUAAAUACAGAUAUUUUCUGGGGUCUGGCACACAAAUAGGCAUCUUAAACUAGAAAACUUGGCUUCUUUCUGCACCCCUUCAAAGCACUCAUUUUCUGCAGCAGUACUUAAUUUCUAGGAUCAUCCCUUGUCUUGUGAAGAGCAACCCAGAGCAAAUGCUUGUGAUGGAGUUAUCAACAAGAGGCAAUGUGGCAGUGUGACAGGUCUGUUUCAGGGCCUCAUAAAUACAGCAGCAGCACCAGAGAGAGCUGACUGGGCCAGAGAGGUGCUGAGGGCAGCCAACGGGUAAGUCUUUCUGGGAGGGAUAAAUCUGUGGUCAAAUCCUGCCAAAUGCUGGCCAGGGUGUGGCUGUGGUGCUCAGCAAUGCAGGGUCCCUGUGGUUCCCCAUCUGUGGCUUGAUCACGUUCCAUCAAGAGCUGAUUGCUGUGGUCGAGGGAGCAGAACUUAGAGUAUCACCUUGAAGAAAAGAGCAGAGGAUGGCUCAGCAUGCACAGCAAAUACAACUCGUAGGGGAAAAAUUAAUUAAUGUGGGUAUUAACCAGCAAUUUGUCAUACAGCCUCUAAAGCCAGCUUCUAAUGCUUUGAAGAGUGCAGUGAAAAUCAAGGGAUACUUCUGCAUCUCCUCUGGCUUCUUCGAAGUUCUUCAGCACUGGGAGCUGGGAACACCACCAAAGCAGUUUGCUGCUCAGUGGGUGGGAGAAGCCAUGAUGAUUGAAUGCUUUAGCUACUGAUGGCAAGUGGCUCUUCUCUCUGACCAUGAGGCCAUGGGGCAAAUUGUAACUCAGCCUUUCCGUCUGUGCUGUGCUUCUGUCCUCGGGCGGGAGCACCAGGACCUGGCUGUGGGCACUGCAGAAGCAUUGCAUGUUUCCUCGUAGGCUGGACCUGAAGCACUUUCCAUUUAUCACUCUGCUUUCCCUCACUGCCAGCAGCCUGUGACACCUCAGUGGCAGAGGGGUCCCACCAUGCCCCCUGCAGUAGCUGGGCCUGAAUGCAAACACACUCAAGCUUCAGGUGAUAGAGCCAAGUGAAAUAACCCACCUGCAGCAUUUGUCCACUAUUGCAAUCAAAUUACCCUUUUUUCCCCCUAAACACACACAGUCAAGGCCCAGCUGGUCACACUGUGCAAGCCCAUCACUGAUCCACAAACCUACAGAGCACAAGAGAUGACAGAUGGGCUCUCAGGCUCUCAUGGUCUCCUGCCCCAGUCUUGUGGGUUGGCUGUGGAAUGCAACUAACUGGGCUAUACUGGUUCCCUGCUGGAGUGUCUUUCCCUAACUGUUGUCAGGAGAUGUCCAGCUGCGAUGACUAAGCUCUUCUUACAUUCCAGAAACCCAAUAAAUAAAUAUUUCUUGAAAAUAA